UGCCGCCAACACCGGCGAACGAAUGGUGCGAAAAAGUGGCGUUUAAAUUUGUGUAUCCAUACCUAGAGAUAUUUUAAAGUGUUCUGAAAAUGUGCAUGCAAGCUUCGCGAUCCAAUCGUUAGAUUCAAGCUAGAAAAUGAUUCAAAACGAAAGCAACCGUGCACAGCAAACGAAGCAGCGAUUCGUUCGCGAGUACAACAUCAAGGUGCUUGACGAGUGGCUGUCCGGAUGCGUGUCGUUCUGUUUGCAGGAAAAUCCGAAAAUAUCCAACGAAAGCCUUUUCCAGUUCGCCUUCAGUCAAUGGCUGCUGGCAGAUCUGAACGAGGUUGGUGUAGGUGCGUUUGCGCCUGGAUUAGAGGAGACAAUAGACUCCCAUAUGCUGACCGGGACGUUUCCUGUCCAGAUGCAAUAUUUACUAGACAUCUCUGAACCUGCCUACGAGCAGUGGAGGAACUUGUACGACAAAAAGCUCGAUGAGGCGGAGGAUGAAGUACAAAUGAGAAGGAGUCAAGCGCCCCAAACAAAAAAGCGUCGUAUGCUAAAACUUGAGCUUACCGAUGGAAAACAAACAGCCAUAGCUAUGGAGCACACGGCUAUCCGGUGCCUGAACACAAAGCUAGCCCCUGGCGUGAAGCUCCUUCUCUCCGGGCCGAUACGUUGCGUUAACAGGGUGCUAUUUUUGGAGUCGAAAAACUUGCGCGUCCUUGGUGGGGAAGUCGAUAUUUUACUGAUAAGCAAUGCGUACGAAAAUGUGCUACUGCGAGCGCUAAAUAAGCCAGCCAACCCGAACCCCAAGAUCGACUAUGAAGAGCCGGAGGUUGUUGAGAACAAACACCGUCCAAACCAUACCAACAUUCAGCCGGUUCCGAUGGAAAACUAUCGUGUUGUUGGGCACGACGAACGGAAGAAUGUGGUAAACAAAACGCCCCCGUUGGUGGUGGAUGACGUGGACGAUGAUUCGCUGCUCAUGGGCAUUGAUUUGGAUGCGGUCGAAGCUAGCCAGUCGCGGGUCGCUCCGGUUAGCAAACCGGAACAAGUCGCUUCUAUAAGUACGCUGAUGGAUGACGACGAAUUGGAUGAUAUCGUACAGCAAGUCGAGGUGCCGGACGAUCCCGAGGUUAUGGAUCAGCAGGUGUCCUCAACGAAACAUUCCCAACCGUCCCCGAAGCCCCGUGUAACCGGUUUCGUAAAGCCAACGUUUGAUGAACCGUUGGACGACGAUUUCGACCUGAUGAAUUCGUUGGAAAAUCAAAUUCAAAGCGAAUUUCAUGGCUUUCAAUCAGAACCACCAGCGGUGCAGCUGGCCCCUCCAAUGGCGAAGAAAAGUCGGGUUCUAGAUGACAAGUUUGUCACACCGUUGCAGUCGGCCAGGAAAACCCCUGCAGCUCCGCAACCUCCUAGCAGUUCCUUCCAAUCCAAUAUGAAUCACCAUAAGAACCCCGUAUCACCUCAGCCAUCCUCGAGCAAGAUGUUCCAUCGGUUCAGUGCGUCAUCACUUUUUGAAGACAGCAUGGACUACGCGGAAGCGGAGGAACCCUCCCUUGCAACCGCAAACAUUACUUCGCCAAACUAUACAUUCCGCAUUGAUGGCACAAAUUUGGCCACGCUCGAUCAGAUUGCCUCCCUUUCAGAGGAUAAGCUAGGUGGUGCCUCGUUCGUUGUGUACUGCGAGGUUAGUGCCGUAACCGACCAGCCACGUAUACGUAAGGAACGUUGGCACCUUACGAUCGUACUGACGGAUCAAUCGGAGCAGCAUCUUUCAGUCCGGUUGCACAACGACGUGAUAGCGAAACUGGUCCGGCAUGACGCAGGGGAACUGAUGCGGAAGCAUAAAACUGAUCGCGAGGGCGUGAUGAAGUUACUCGAUACUAUUCUGGUCGAGUUCAAAGAGCUGCUGCAGGAAAUUAAGUGCUUCUGGCGUGUGGUGUACCCUUCAAAAACUGGCGAUUCGGAGCUUCCCGUGGUGAUGGAGUCGUACGAAAUGAACGACGAACGAGGGUCCAUAUUGUUGGACAAGAUUAUCAAGGAAAACUGUAGCCAGCUAAGGAAAAUGCUAUGAAAAGUGCCGGUCAUCGUGUGCUGUUCGAAUGAUGAAAUGAAAACGAAAUGAAAUGAGUCGAUUCACCCGAUUACCUUAAAAUAAGAAAUUAUUGUCCAUUUUUAUUCACUUUUAAAAAUUAAGGCACGAUAACAGUUUUCAUUCGGACGAUUACAAACAUACUUAUUAUCACAUUCGUACUGCAUAAGCAUAUAGAAACAUGGAAAAACGAUUUAAAAAAAAACGGGUCAAAGACAGCGUUGUCCAUGCAACCGUCACCGGGCGA